ACUAGUCCCAGAUUUCGUGCGCGAGGAAGCAGACGUCGUCAGCCGGCAGAGGUGACCCUCAAACCAAACCUCCGAGCGGCCGAGUCCUCCUCCAUCAUCCCGUCGCUUCUCCUCGCGCGUCCUCUCGUCCUCUUCUACGAUGGCUGAUCCCAUUCGAGUUGUGGUGACCGGCGCGGCCGGCCAGAUCGCCUACUCGCUGCUCUACAGCAUCGCUAAGGGUGACGUCUUCGGGAAGGAGCAGCCCAUCAUCCUGGUGCUGCUGGACAUCCCGCCCAUGCUGCCGGUGCUGGACGGCGUCGUCAUGGAGCUUCAGGACUGCGCCCUCCCACUCCUGAGGGAGGUGAUCCCCACCGACAAAGUGGAGGUGGGCUUCAAGGACAUUGACGCCGCCAUCCUGGUGGGCUCCAUGCCCAGGAAGGAGGGCAUGGAGAGGAAGGACCUUCUCAAGGCCAAUGUGGCCAUCUUCAAGACUCAGGGAACUGCCCUGGACAAGUUCGCCAAGAAGACGGUCAAGGUUCUGGUGGUGGGCAACCCGGCCAACACCAACUGCCUCAUCGCCUCCAAGUCAGCUCCAUCCAUCCCCAAGGAGAACUUCUCCUGCCUGACGCGGCUUGACCACAACCGCGCCUCCUCUCAGGUGGCGUUGCGCUGCGGUGUGUCCUCGGACAAGGUAAAGAACGUCAUUAUCUGGGGGAACCACUCCUCCACGCAGUACCCGGACGUUCACCACGCCAAGGUCAACGUGCACGGCACCGAGACGGCUGCGUACGACUGCGUCAAGGAUGAUGCCUGGCUCAGGGGAGACUUCAUUUCGACGGUGCAGCAGCGCGGCGCCGCUGUCAUCAAGGCCAGGAAGCUGUCCAGCGCCAUGUCUGCCGCCAAGGCCAUCUGCGACCACAUGAGGGACAUCUGGUUCGGCACCAAGGAGGGUGAGUUUGUGUCCAUGGGGGUGCACGCCGGAGGGAACUCUUACGGCAUCCCUGAAGACCUCAUAUACUCCUUCCCUGUCCAGAUCAAAAACAAGACCUGGAAGGUGGUGGACGGCCUCAGCAUCAACGACUUCUCCCGGGCCAAGAUGGAGGCCACGGCGGCCGAGCUGGUGGAGGAGCGAGACACCGCCCUGGACUUCCUGUCCCAGUGACUGGGCUCCCCACCGCCACCCCCCCACGCCACUGCCGCUGGCUCUCGGCUGUGAAGACCAAGCCCGCGUGGUCCCCCCCCCCUCCCCCACGCUAUCUGUGCGCUCGUGUCGGUUGUGUGUGUGUGUUUUGUCCUCAGGCCUUUCAAAACUGUCAAUCAUCACAACGUGGUGUUGGUAGAAGCACUCACAAGCAACAAAACGAUAUUAAAACCAUCAAACUUAA